AUGGGAGUGUUUUAUUUUUCCCUCAAGGUGUUGAGCUGCAUUUUGUACAUAUUUCGAGUGCUGCUUGACACAGACCAAGAGCAUAAAACGUGCUUAGAUUUCUCAUACAAAAAUCAUACCCUUUUUGGCAUCAACUGGUCCCCAAUUAUUUGGGUUGAACGAAAUCACGUGCUUUGGGCUUUACAGGUGACUGUUGCAGCGAUAUGUCUGUUUGAAAAACUCCUGCUGACGUAUUUAAGGUACAAGGGAAAUAUAUGGCAGCAGGUAAUUGGAAUAACGUUUAUCUUGGAGAUUAUCAACACAGUGCCAUUUCUGAUUACAAUUUUCUAUCCACCUAUCCGGAACCUGUUCAUCCCUGUGUUUCUGAACUGCUGGCUGGCAAAACAUGCCCUGGAAAACCUGGUUAAUAACCUUCAUCGUGCCAUUCAUCGGUCACUGUCAGCCAUGUUCAAUCAGAUUCUCAUCCUCAUCUCGACCAUUGUGUGCCUCAUUUUCACUUUCGGGUGUGUCAUAUGUGGAGUGGAGCACUUGCAGCGUGCUGGAAAAAGGGUCACACUUUUUGACUCUUUCUACUUCUGCAUCGUGACCUUCUCUACAGUGGGGUUUGGAGAUGUCGUCCCUGAUAUUUGGACCUCCAAGUUGCUGGUGGUUGUCAUGAUAUUUGUCGCUUUAAUGGUCCUCCCUAUCCAGUUCGAGGAGCUGGUAUACUUGUGGAUGGAACGGCAGAAGUCUGGAGGAGAUUACAGCAGGCACAGGGCGGAAACCGAAAGACACGUGGUGCUGUGUGUCAGUUCGCUCAAAAGUGAUGUGCUGAUGGAUUUCCUAAAUGAGUUCUAUGCCCACACCAGGCUUCAGGACCACUAUGUCAUCAUCCUUUGCCCAACAGAGAUGGAUGUGCGAGUGAGACGGGUACUGCAGAUCCCGAUGUGGUCACAUAGGGUCAUAUAUCUACAGGGUUCUGCCCUCAAAGACCAAGAUUUGGUCAGAACCAAAAUGGAUAAUGCUGAAGCUUGUUUCAUUCUGACCAGUCGCUGUGAGGUUGACCGCAAUGCAGCAGAUCACCAGACCAUUCUGCGGGCCUGGGCUGUGAAAGACUGUGCUCCGGACUGUCCUCUUUUUGUUCAAAUUCUCAAACCAGAAAACAAAUUUCAUGUGAAAUUUGCAGAUCAUGUUGUUUGUGAGGAAGAGUAUAAAUAUGCCAUGCUGGCCCUGAACUGCAUCUGUCCUGCUACAUCCACCCUCAUCACCUUGCUAGUGCACACCACUCAAGGCCUAGAGGGUCAGCACUCUCCUGAGGAUUGGCAUAGAAUUUAUGGAAAGUGCUCAGGCAAUGAGGUGUACAACAUUGUUUUGAAAGACAGUGUCUUCUUUUCCAAGUAUGAGGGAAAGAGCUUCCCUUAUGCCUCUUUCAACGCAUUUAAAAAGUUUGGCAUCUGUCUUAUUGGCGUCUGUCCUGAGGACACUGAGAGUAUUCUGCUGAACCCCGGUCCUCAGCACAUCAUGAAACCCUUAGACAUGUGCUUCUACAUCAGUGGCAAGGAGGAGAACUCCAGUUUCAAGGCCCAGAGAGCGCUCAAAAAAACUCAGUUCCCUAUGAGCAGUGUCAUUACCGAUCCUUUAACAAAAACAACCACAGCUCCUGCUCUAGACAUGCCAAAUUCACCUUCCUUUCACACUGCCAACCUGCCCAGCGAGAGGUCAAAGAAUACAAGUCAGCCCUUAAAUGAAGAUGAAUGUAGUGAUGGUUACAUCAGGGGAUAUCCUCCAAAUUUACCCUACAUUGGAAGCUCACAGACACUUUGCCAUUUACGGAAAGAGAAAACGCCUAUAUGUUGUAUGCAGCUGGUAAAGGCUUGUGACCACAAAGAUGAUGAAGAUGUGAAAGCGUAUGGUUUGAAGAAUAAGCUCAUCAUCGUGUCUGCUGAGACAGCAGGAAAAAGCUUGUCCAACUUCAUCAUCCCAUUACGAGCCUCAUAUAGACCAAUGAAUGAGCUCUGCCCGAUUGUGCUACUCUUGGAACAUGAGCCAAGUGAAGAAUUUCUUGAAACCAUCUGUUGGUUCCCAAUGAUCUAUUACAUGGUUGGAUCAAUUGACAACCUGGACGAUCUGUUGCGUUGUGGCGUCUCUUUUGCUGCCAAUAUGGUGGUAGUGGACAAGGAGAGCACCAUGAGCGCUAAGGAAGACUAUAUGGCUGAUGCCAAAACCAUUGUUAAUGUUCAGACCCUAUUCAGGUUGUUCUCUGGCCUCAACAUCAUCACUGAGCUAACCCAUUCUGCUAACAUGAGAUUUAUGCAGUUCAGUGCAAAGGACUGUUACACACUGGCAUUCUCCAAACUGGAAAAAAAAGAGAGAGAGAAAGGCUCAAACUUAUCCUUCAUUUUUCGCCUGCCUUUUGCAGCUGGUAGGGUGUUCAGCGUUGGCAUGCUGGAUACACUCCUCUAUCAGUCUUUCGUCAAGGAUUACAUGAUAACCAUCACCAGAUUACUGCUUGGACUGGAAACUACACCGAGAUCUGGUUUCCUGUGCGCUAUGAGUAUUACUGAGGAUGAUCUGUGCAUCCAGACAUAUGGCAGACUUUACCAAACGCUCUGUUCAACUGUAGGAGACAUUCCCAUCGGCAUCUACAGGACAGAGUCUCAGGCAGCUGAACCUCCUGAGACGCCACGCUCCCAGAUGUCAGAUAAUUUGUCUGUCUUUGAAGAGGUGCAAGAACAGGAGGAGCAGCAUCAGGGUCUUGGUUGUGAAAUGUCAGAAAGUAAUUGUAAGACUCUUACACGGCACAGAAAGAGCAUGCAGUGGGCUUCAAAUCUUCUGAGCCCAUGGCAUGCUGAGAGGGAUGUGGAGAGAUGCAGUCAGCGUAGUGUUCUGCCCUCAUGCACUGAGAGACAAGAGCUCACAGAGUUGGUGAAGAAGCGCAUGAUAAACCUGGGCCUCUCCACUGGUGGAUUUGAUGAUCUGAAUGAUAACCAAACUAGUCACUCUUAUGUCCUAAUCAACCCAUCAUCUGAUACAAGACUGGAGCUAAAUGACAUUGUGUACAUAAUCCGUAAAGAUCCUCUCUCAUCGAUGCUGAAUGAUAGUGACAGCAUAAAGAACAUGAGGAGCUGCAUAGGAGAGGAACAUAAAGCUGGAAGAUCUGCUCUGAACAAAGAUCAGACUUACACCAGUGACAAAAGUAGUUCAGAAUCACCCAAGAGCCAGGGGUCUUUGAACACCCGGCCGGUGGUAAGGAGGCAGGAGAACAACCGCUGCGGACAACGCAUUGUCUUUUUGUACGUUGGUGGCUCAGACUGGUUGGGAGGAGGAGCCUUUAAAGACUUUAUACCGCAAUGGCUUGAUAGUGCCCUAAAAGCUGAACUAGAAUGCUGGGAUGAGGGAUUAAAUCUGGAGCAGUAUAUCAACCACUCCAUCAAACUGGACGAUCUUCUCCGAGCCCGCAAACCCACCUGUGAACAGUCCUCUUCCUCUGCAUCCACAGCCGACAAUGCUCAGGUUGAACCCAUGCAAAUCGGUCGAACCCACCUAACACCUGUGGAGAGGCUUUGUCGCCGACCUCUAGAUGGAUGGCCACUUGGCUGUGAAGCCGUCCACCAGGCCACAGAGUCUGUCACACUUAAGACAGGUGCCCUACACCCUGAAAACUUCAGGUUUCUGGUUACUCACACACCACAAAAUCCUCUUAUCCUGAGAUACCCAUGGCUAGCCAAGCACAACCCUGAGAUGUCGUGGAGCAAGUGGCAAAUUCGGAGUUUACUCAAUCUCCACGAGGCUUUCAGUAAGAUCAAGGCUGUGGAGCUGCCUCCUCGCCGACCUCAGGACAUUGCUAUUGAACUUCUGUCUGGUGCUGCUCCUCCCAAGAGCAAGAUUUAUCCCCUAUCAGCACCAGAGAACCAAGCCAUGGAGGAUUACAUCAACAAAGCCCUCAAACUUGGAUUUAUUUGCCCAGCUACUUCUCCAGUGGCAGCUGGUUUCUUCUUCGUAAAAAAGAAGGAUGGCAAUCUACAACCUUGUAUUUACAAUCAUGGAUUGAAUGCCAUCACUAUCAAAUAUCGUAACCCUUUGCCUCUUGUUCCAGCUGCUUUUGAGCAACUACACACGGCCCAAUACUUCACUAAGCUCGAUCUUCGCAAUGCGUACAACCGUAUACGCAUACGGGAGGAAGACGAGUGGAAGACGGCUUUCAUAACCAACAGGUGGCACUAUGAAUAUCAAGUGAUGCCCUUUGGACUUGCCAACUCACCUUCUGUCUUCCAAGCAUACGUCAACGAAGCAUUCAAAAGACAUGAUAAACAAGUGCGUGAUAGGAGACAUAGACAACAUCCUCAUAUACUCACCCUCUCUAGGGUCUCACAUCCACCAUGUACGACAGGUCUUGCAAUGGCUAUUGACUACCGACUUUAUGCCAAGAUUGAGAAUUGCGAAUUCCACUGCACCACAAUUUCGUAUCUGGGGUACAAUCUAAGCGCCCAGGGUGUGGCUAUGGACAACACCACAGUACAAGCAGUUCAGAACUGGCCUAAGCCUACAUCUGUGAAGGAAUUAUAA